AUGGAAGAUGAAAUUGCAGAAUUUCUUAGGAUCAAGUUUUUAAGGAGUCUUGCAGAGUUCGCACAAACCAGAAUUCCCUUUAAAUCUAGAUUUCAAGACUUGGAGGAGGUAGCCAAAAAGCUACCUGAGAUCCCACAGCUUUCCACCGAGCGACAGAAACUCAGGAAUAUACUUUACGAUCUCAAUGAAGUAUUGAGAGAAUGUCUUACACUAUCGAAGAAACGCGAUCGUCUCUGUGGUGAGGGAUUAUGGUUCCGUCCAAAGGCCAAGAAAAGACUGGCUGACAUUAAAGCACGACUCCAGCAACUAAUUGCAUUUGCAACCCAAAUACAAAUAAACCCAGAUCCCCCUCCUUCCAGUAGCCCACAUUACGACAGAGCGAGAUGGUCGAAAGACGUCGCAAUUAAACGGUGGAGCUCCCGGUCAGUAGACACAUCAAAGGUUCAUGGCUUUGAUGACAAAAUGAAGGAGAUGGAGGAAUUUCUUUUUGAAGGAGGAAGUGAUGGUGGGUUCAAGGCUGUAGGAAUUGUGGGGAUGGGUGGUAUUGGCAAAACUGCACUUGCCCAAUUGAUCUUCAACACACAAGAAGUGAAGAACCACUUCUGUCCGAGGAUCUGGAUAUGUGUAUCUCAAAGAGUACACAAAGAGAAUGGCAUGGAAAUCGAAAUCAGGAAGGAGAUAGUGACGAGGAUUCUGAUGCAUCUAGGGAUUGACUCUCCGGACAAUAAUCUUGCAGAACUACUCUUCAUUCUUCAUCUACAGUUGAUGGGAAAGAGAUAUCUAAUUGUUUUUGAUGACGUCUGGGACACAGACGAGUGGUAUGAUCAAUUGCAGUUAGAUUUGGGCUUGCCUGAAGGAGAUCAAUGGAGUAAUAACAUCAGAAAUGGAUUGCCAAAGGACAGCGGCGGCCGAGUUGUGGUCACAGGUAGACUUGAAGAUGCAGUUAAGAAGAUGGUUGGGGAGAACAACUUGCUUCGCCUUUCGCCUUGGAACGGGGAGACUUGUUGGCCCAUCUUCGUAGACACUUCUGAAAUUCAUAGAAGCAACUGUGAUCAUCCAAGUGUGGAUGCUAUCAAGACUGAAAUUUUGGAAAAAUGUGACGGCCUUCCGUUAGCUGCAAAGACAAUGGGGCAGAUUAUGAGGGCUACAGUUUCAGUUUCUACCUCUGAAACAUUGCUGUAA